AUGGGAUCAGAGGGGCCAAAAUCGGUGACCAUUUAUGUCACGGGGUUCAAGAAAUUUCACGGUGUUGCUCAGAAUCCUAUAGAGACAGCAGUUAACAUUUUGAAAGAUUAUGAUGAGCAGAGAGGAUUAGCUGCUGGUAUGACCUUGGGUAGCUGUACUAUUCUUGAAAAAAUUAGAGAAAGUGGAAUUCUGACUUUGUUGAAGUUCAAGAAGAAGGAGUCCUCUUUAGGAAACAGUUUAAAUAAUGGACAAGUCAUAUGGGCUAGUUCUAUCGAGACAAACCUUCUUUUACUAAUUUGUGUGGAUUAA